UGGAAGCGUUAAUGAUCACGAGAAUGACAGAUGAUAAACACAGUGGCUGACAUGAUGCAUUAUCGAGAAACGGACGUCAGGUGAAAGCCGAACGUAACCAGAAAGAUUAACACUCAUUUUCAACAACAAGACAUUCUGUUUCUUCUAACUGUGGAUUUUCUGAUGAAGACAGUUCAGCUUUUGUUUUGUAGCGGUGGAUUAUACCUUCUUCGGUUCAUGCCUUACUGAUGUUCUCAUACUUUGUGCAGUGUUUUCAAGAAGAGUUCCAACUAAACUGUCAUAUUAUGGGAAAAUCCCGCUCCUGUUGAAAUUGAAAGACUGCCCGCCUAAACUAAGACGGUGCAACAAGAUACUUUCAUACUAGCGGACUCCCUUGUUAGUUAUUGUCAACUUUAUGCGGGCCGAGUAGCAGCUGGCACUCCGUUCAGUUUUGUCAUUUGCGUGUCAAGGCCGUGUUGUUGGGGACUGAACUGUGAAGUUUAAGGUGCUGGAAUUUGUAGUUUCUAAAAAUAACGGCCCCCAAUGAUCAGUAACAGAUCAGGUUAUGAAAAGGAUUAGUAAGUAUUGUUGUGGCUGAUAGGCUAUGAGGGAAGGUGAUCAAGGAAUGAAAGGUGCUUUGUGUGACCCUCUAGGGGGCAUGCCCAGUAACUUGUUACCUGUACCUGACUGGUAAACUCUGUUAUAGUAUCCAUAAAUCUUUCCUCAAAGACUUCUGCCAUUGAAUACUACCAUGGCUUAUGCAAGUGGGGAUAACCUUAGCACUGGCCCCUUGGGGCACAGUGACAAACAUUACCAGUCAGACGGGUGCCUGGACUCUGGGGUAGAGGGCAUACCAGAGAAAGGUGGGCAGGAGGAAGAGCUUAUAUCCUCUACAGGUGGACGACGAACCACCUCUCUAAGCAAAGUGCCUCUGUCUCUCUAUAAUGCUCAAAACCUUACCCCAUCUCCAGAAAUGGCCACUAAACAUGUCGUCAUGCUAGGGAGUGAGGAUAGGAACUUUGACGCUCCUGCAACUCCUGAGUCUGCAAACUCGACAGGAAGGCCACCAUUUCCGCUGACGAGUACACCUGUUCAGUCUGGGGGUAUAAUCCCAACUCCUACAACCUGUGAUUACGAUGUGGGUAAAGAACAAGUCCGUUUUUCCGCCAGUUGUAAAGAUGACGACGGAAGUCUUCAAGGUUCUGCAGGGAAUUUACAACAAGUGUUGUUGGAACAGAGUGGUGAAAGAGGUGGCUGUGUGGUACAGGUACUUGACCCCAGUGAAAUACAGGUGCCCAUUAGAGGCUAUGAGAUCAUGGAACAACGGGCUCGCUUUACCGUGUUCAAGAUACAGGUUUGCCGGUCGUCACAUGACAGCUGGUAUGUGUUCAGACGUUAUACUGACUUCGUACAGCUCAAUGACAAGCUGGCUAUUUUGUUUCCUGGAUUUCGAUUGGCUCUUCCACCAAAGAAAUGGUUUGGAGAUAAUUUCGACCCCAACUUUCUUGAAGAUCGUACGUUAGGCCUGCAAGCAUUCAUUAAUAACAUCACCGGACACAAAGAUGUUUGCAACAGUCCUCCAGUGCGAGAUUUCUUCUGUUUCGACGACCCACCAGGGCCACAUGAUAGCCUGGAAGAAAGUCGUUCACUUUGUGAAGCACUGGAGGAACAACUGUAUAACACAAAAAAACUGCUUCAAGAAAGAGAUGCAGAGAUCAGUAUUUUAACCGAGGAAAGGGAUAUGUACAAAUGUCAGACUGAAGCGUUGCAGAGAGCAUUACGUGUGGAGAGGACUUUGAACAGCCGCAUCCGACAGACGCCCAUAUCCCCACCCAGUAGUGACACCUCUCUGGCCGAAUGUGACCAGCCCAUGGAGGGGGAUGGGCAACCACCUGAGCGCCCACAUGCAACAAAAACAAGUGAGAAACCUUCGGCUGAUGAUCCUUCGAGGGCUACCAGUCCAGAGUCAGGCAUAGGGGAGGGAACUGUUACCACACCAACUCCAGAGACACCAGAAGGGGGCGCCACAUUACUUCCUGUGCCUUCUGAACAAAAUGUCACUAAGGCUAGUGAUGUCCAAGCAGUGUCAUCAUAAGAUAUUUAAUGAUAACAAAAUGCAGCUGUGAGUGUGAACUGUUAAGUUUUACAAUAGUUUUGGAAGACGGUCAUCUUGAGAGAGAAAACGAAAAAAAAAAAAAACAAAGCUUUUCUCUCACUGACAGGUGUUUAGAAAACUGUUGUUCAUUUUUGUCAACUUUUUGUGGAUGCAAAUUAGCUAUUUUUUUGUGAUUGAGAUUUGUUAUUAAUUGCAUCUUCUAUUUUUAUAACCAAUGUCUUGCUUAGAAUUUCACUGUUAAUGACACUGUCCAUUUUUAAGCUACAGGCAUACCUGUAUUGAUAUUUUUAUAGUAUUAUGUACUCUUAUGAAAGCAAUAGAUUGAUUUUCAAAAAGGUUUUCAUUUGGGUGACAGUUUUUAUAUGAUUUGGAUAUCCAAAUGUUGUGUUGGUGUGAAAUGUGUUAAAGCAUUUUGUGGGGCAGUUUGUGUCACAUUCUGAUGACACAUUCAAUAUUAAGACUAUUGAAUGACUGUACACUCCAAUGAAUCACACAGUAGUACAUGUAUUGAUGUAUUUUAAACCAAGAUGAAAUUGUUUAAUACCUCUAAGCAAAGAUGUAAAUGGUUGGUACAGUUCAAGAUUGAUUGGUAAAAACUUAAUUUAUUAAGCAAUCUUUCACAGGUGACAAAAAAUCUGUUGUUUGUCAAAAUAGAAGAAAUGAAUGUUAUUUAAAUUAUACAGAUAUCUUCAUCUUAAUUUUUUCAAUAUUAUGAUUAACUCAUAACAUAGACUAUGUGAUGAAAAUUUAUUUUCAGUUUUGCUCUAGCAGUCUGUCUCAUUGUGAAGGAUGAAAGUUGAAGUUAGAAAUUAAAAAUGGUUGCCUUAUUUUAUUAAUAUUUUUUUUUCAAAAAGUCAGAGUUUCGCCAGUGCUUUUGUGGGAAUCUCUUCCGAGAAACAUAGUUUUCAAAAUGAAACCUAGAGAAAGUUUACAAACAAAACAUCAUCAAGACGGAAGGUUUGAACAAAGGGGCCCUAAUUUCUCUGGAGGCACACUAGCAAGAAGAGCAACCAACUCUGAAAGGCCUUGUCAUGUGAAUUUGCAUAAAGGUUUCUACAAUUUGUGUAAAACAAUUAGAUUUGUGAAUGUACAUGUAGACGUACACGUUGUUGGAUUUUAAUGGGAUAGUUGUGAAAGGCAGUGCAGGGUACCUAUUUUUCUGCUUAUUUGGAAACAUUGUUUUAAAAAUGUUGACUUAUAGCUGGUCAAGAAAGCAGUUCCCAAUAUUUUCGUCAUUUUAGUCGUAAGAACUGCAUGAGGGUAGUGGUCACGUGGAUGUUGAAAUCAUGUGAUACAUCAUUCUUAAUCUGGUGAAUGGUAUGGGAUGGCUUUAUCUUCAGUCUUUAGAAAGGUCGUAGAAAGGUCUCUCAUUUCUACAUCGAUAUCUCUAAUCAGUGAUGCAAUAACUACAAAUUUAGUUGGGCCAUUUUUCAUGUGUUCAGUGAGUCAGCGUGAGUUACGCCCACCUCUUGCUCUUGGUUUUCUGAGCCAUCAAGCUCCUUGGCCAGUGUUGUGAGGACUCCCUCGAACAAAUUCUGGUUGAAAUUAGACAUGUGGAAUAGUACAACUUGUAUUUAGGACAUUAGCCCAGCUUGCAUAUUUAACCACAAUAUUUGGAUGGAUCAGAGAUUUAAACUGUGAUCUUUGAACACUGGUCUGAGUGAGAUUUUUUUUAUAUUUUAUUUUUAAGUAAAUCAUGGACAAUCAUGUUGGCUCGAAUUCAGGCGUGGAACACCUAGAUAUUUCAGGACUUUUAGUUGUAUACAUAAUUGUGCAUAAUGUGUUUUUUAAAGUACUAUAAUACUUACGUAUAAAUUAAUUUAAUGUGGUAAAAGUGCGAAGGGGUUGAUUGAAUUUUCGAAACUUUAGCUUUAUCUGUACUCAUUGCUUAUUAUCUGGAAAACGUAUAGCUUCUUGCCUUAUUUGAAACGUUCUAGUCUAUUUUGUAAGAUCAUGCAUAUAUAAUAUUUAGCUAAAUUUUUUUCAGCUUUAAUGGUUAGUUUUAUUUUGAAACCAUUAAAUGUCGUUUGUUAGUUUUUGACAUCUCAGAUUGUAGAGGGUAAAGAAUUCAGUUUAAGCUUGGGUCAUAUAAUCCUUAAGUAAGUUGAAAACUGUUAUGAAUUUUAUAACGACAAAAAGCCCAUUAACAAAUGUCCUCAAAAAUAGCUCCAUUUAUUUAUAUUUUUUUUUUCAACCCGGAAAAAUUUAUCCCCCCAGAUCCUGAUAUUUUAAAACCAUUUUACUGGGUGGGAAGAAUUCUAAAAAAAUAAAUCGAACUAUUCUCAUGGACAGGGUUUAAUCGUCUUUCACUUGAUGUACACUUCAUUUUAGUGCUUUAUUUGUCUUUAACAAUAGGCACAUUUAUACGUGAAACGUUCAAAACAGCUUCCAUAUGAAGAUUUCAGUGCAGUGAGAAAAUGACACCUCUAGGUUUGAGCAUGUAGUUCGUAUAUUGAUGUGAAACAAGGACGAUAUAUUCCAUAACAGCCAGUUUUAUAUACUGCGUAUAAUCCUUAAUCUUUUCAGUUAAUAACAGUACUAUUAAUUGUCAGUAUGAAUAUAUUUACCAUAAUGCAGAAGCAUAAGUAGUCCAAAAAAACUGAGAAGUCGCAUAUUUGACGUUUCAAUAGUUCGACAAAAAUUUAUUUGGCAUCUUUAGGAUACGGUCAUCCUGAGGAUGACAAAUAAAAUGCUUUUGCGUUAUUGCUAGUGUUCUUGGUGGAUCAACACGUUUUAUAAAUAUAUUUAAAGUGGAACCAAUCCAAAGUCAGAAACAGUUCAAACAGCUUUUAAAUGUCCUUAUACGUGACUCACAAUUUUGUGUUAUGGUUGCAUGUAAUAGCUACUGUGUAUUCGCCCUGAAUGAGAAAUUCAGCUCUCCAAGGAAUGGUUUCGCCAUUAAAAACACGUCAGUUUUAAUUGAUAUUAAGUGAUC